AUGAGGCAACAAGCCAUUAACGAUUAUUAUGAAAUUGGAGACUCUGCCAAUGGCGAUACCGAAAUGAACAACAAUACGGAUGUGGAAGGGUCUGCCAUGGUCAUGAUGGACGACACCUAUGAGGAAACAGAUCAAGACAAUGAAAUUUCAAGAAUGGAAAACGUGAGUCAAAGGAUUUUGUUUGAGGAUCAACCCGAAGAUGUGGAUGAACACUAUUUUGCUCAGGUUUUAGAUAAAUACAAUCCUCAUUUGAAAAACUCUGAGGAUGUUAUAGAAGAAACGAAAAUAGGUGAGAAUGGAACGAAAUCAAGAGAUGAUGCAGGAUCCUAUGAAUCCCCACUAGAGAAAGAUGAGUAUGGAAUACCUCACGUAUCGAUCAGCCUACAAAAAACUCCCUCUCCAUCUCAAUACAAAAAGAGAAUUGUGUUCGGAGCAUCCACUGAAGGAGGACAGAUCAACUCUACAAAAAAUCCUUAUUAUUCUGGAGGAAAGGUGAAAACUCCCCAGAGUGCUUUGAAACAGCAGACAUCGGAAGAGAGCAACAAAUUCCGCUCAAUUUUAAAAGGACAGGAAGGUAACACGACUCCUGAAGAGGAGGGCCAACGAAAUCCUUCUUCCAUUCCUCAACCCUCAAAUGUUCCAAUUUCUAAAAAAACAGCUUCUCCUAGAGUCAAAUUUGAGGGUGCUUCUGUAAAUUUAGUUGAACCAUCUUUGCAAGACAACACAAUUACGUUAGAGGAAUUCCAAAAACGAUAUAUUGAGCGUGCGUCGUCUCCUCCUCCUUUUUCUGUUAUUGCCGAAGAAAAACUUGCAAAAAUGCAAGAUGUUGAAAAGGUAAUUGAGGACGUUGUAGAGAAAGCUCUUGUUAAAAACAUCGAAGAGCUAAAGGCUCACUAUGAAUAUUUAAACAAUGGUGUUUAUCAAAUGCUGGAAACACAGUUCAACACCAUGCUAAAUUUGAGAACGAAUUCAUCGAUUGGAUUUGAGGAUUUUCCAGAAUACAAGGAUAUGGCUGAAAAGCUUGGUUUCUUAAAUGCUGAAAACGAGCAUUUAAAACUGUUACUUGAAGAGAGAGAUUUAGAAAUUCAAUCACUAAGAGAGCAAGCAGAGCUGAUGAGGGAACGAUAUAUUAUGGAUAUCGAUAAACUUACAUCUGAAGUUGCCAAUUCCAGGAUUGCACCAAAAACUCUCGAAGAGGAAAAGAUCGAAGAUCACAUUGACGAAAAUCCAAGAACCAACUCUCCACCUAGAUCCAGGUCUCCUCCGCCUCAACCUGUUCAACAGCCAUAUUCAAAGCAAGAGGCAAGAAGAAGUUUAGAUUUUAAUGCAGCUGUCCGAAAUGCUUUGCACAAUAUGUCAAAGGAACAAGCCAAUCCACUGUCAAAGUCCUUUGACUCUAAGCAAUUUAAACUUAAUAACGAAAAGCAGAAAGCAGUUUCUUCUACUGAGGAACACCCACAAGAAGAAAUUCAACAAGAGGAUAAAAUUAGAAAAGCCAACAAAACUCUAGAUAGUAUCACAGAACGAAUGCUGAGAUCGUUAAAAGGACCGGUGAGAGCAGAGGACAAUUCGAAGCAAAUAGAUAAAAUGGUCAUUGACAUCAAGGAGCAAUUUAAAGAAAAGGGGGUAGUUCUUCCACUUAAACGAGUCAAAGAUUGUGUAUAUGCUUUUGGAGAGGGUAAAUCUGAACGAAAAGUACACCUCAACAUUGUAAAUGGAGUGUUGAAGGUUAAAAUAGGAGGUGGAUAUGAUGAUUUCCUAAAGUUCCUUUCUCAAUCCGUUCGACUGUUGCAAGCAAAGAAGAAAUAA